AAACAAACAAACAGCAAACAACUCCAACAUCAAACUCCAAUCCUCACACCAGGAACCACAAACACCGUCACCGCAACACCUCCUAGCCGCCAACUCCAAACUCCCCAAAAUGAUCCGCACCAACCUCUCCAUAGCCGCUGCAAUCCUCCGCGAAGAAAUCAAGCAAAUGAUUCCCGAAACAGACACCGGAUCGUUGCUCACCAUCCCCGAGAACCAACAGCCGCAUGUGAUUGAAGAUAAAGAUGGGAACAAGAAUUACUCCGGGGACUUGCUCGCGACCAAGUGCUUGCAAUUGUUGAGGGCGAUCGGGGUUGGCGGGAAGGACUGGGGAUACCGCGUGGCGCAUUUUCCGAAAAAUACCAAGGUUAGCAAUGACCGGAAGGAAGCGUACUUGGUGCCACUGUCUAAAUACUUUAUUCUGAUUCCCGGGGGACUGCUAUCUGAGGGGGCCUAUACUUAUAUCACCCAUGAUACGAUAAUUAGCAAAGGGGGCACUUUUGUACUUUUUGUCCCUGAAUAA